AGCAAGAAAUAUGAAGAAGCAAAUUUGUUCAAACAUUAUUCUCUUUUGCACUUUCUUUCUCGUCGUGAGUAUUUUAUCUGUUGGGGCUCAGACUUGCAAGCCCAGUGGCAAGAUUAGAGGCAAAAAUCCUCCUCCAGGAGGAUGCAACUCAGAGAAUGACUCUGAUUGCUGCAAAGAUGGCAAGGUUUACACAACUUACAAAUGUUCACCCCAUGUGACUAGACGAACAAAAGGAACACUAACACUCAAUAGCUUUGAGAAAAAUGGAGAUGGUGGUGCCCCAUCUGAAUGUGAUAAUCAAUACCAUUCAGAUAAUGAACCUGUGGUAGCACUUUCAACAGGAUGGUUCUCCAACAAAAGAAGAUGCUUGAACUAUAUUACCAUCCAUGGAAAUGAAAAGAGUGUGAAAGCCAAGGUAGUAGAUGAGUGUGACUCUACCAUGGGAUGUGAUGCUGACCAUGAUUACCAACCCCCUUGUGCUAACAAUAUAGUUGAUGCCUCAAAAGCAGUCUGGAAAGCCUUAGGGGUGCCUGAAGAUGACUGGGGUGAAAUGGAUAUUGACUGGUCUGAUGCUUGA